GUGACGCCUCCGGUUCCGUAUUUCUCGCCGCACACGCUCUUGACCGUAACUACUCCCGGGCACUAUGGCCAUCAAAGAUGAAUUUGUUAUGACAAUCGACUCCGAUACGGAGGACGUCCCCCAGCCGUCGUCGAGCAAGGCCGGAAAGUCAGCAACGACGGGGGAGGAUGCACAACUGAAUCCCGACUUUGUGUUCGAUCUUACCGGCGACCCGUACAAUGACUUUGUGAAUGACACCUUGGACGUUGAUGACCUCGUACAGAGCGGCUCAAAGCCUAAACCCAUCUCGGUUGACGACAUCAUAGAGCGGCGCAAGUUAAAGAAGUCACAGGAGGCGAAGAGGAAGCGCGAUGCGACUCCGGACGAGGAUGGCGAUAGCGAUGAGUCGUUGGGCGAAGGCGGCUCCAGAGAAAGUGACGAGGGAAGCGAAGACGACAAUGAAGGGUUCGCUGGGUUCGAAGGCCUAAGCGAAGAUGAAGAGGACCCGCUGGCAACAUCAGACGAGGAUAGUGGACCUGAGGACGAUGGGAGCGACGAAGCCGACGAAUCCGACGGCGAGGCACCGUCGUCGGACAGCGACUCUGAGGAGGAGACUCAGGCGGAAAAAGAGCGAAAGGCAGCUUUUUUUGCUCCAGACAGCGAGAAGGUUGCCUCGGACGAACAUUCGUCUUUCCUCUCAAUGAACCUCUCUCGUCCGAUCAUCAAGUCUAUCACGUCCCUUGGUUUCAAUAAGCCCACGCCUAUCCAAUCCGCGACCAUCCCGGUAGCGUUACUGGGCAAAGAUGUGGUCGGGAACGCCGUUACUGGGUCUGGGAAGACAGCGGCGUUCAUCAUCCCAAUGCUCGAGCGACUCAUGUAUCGCGAACGCGGUAAGAAUGCGGCAGCAACCAGGUGCCUUGUUCUCGUACCGACGCGAGAACUUGGAGUGCAGUGUCUCGAGGUUGGUAGGAAGUUAGCGGCCCAUACGGACAUUCGCUUCAGUCUGAUCGUCGGGGGGUUGUCUCUCAAGGCUCAAGAAGCCGAGUUGCGGACGAGACCAGAUGUCCUCAUUGCUACGCCUGGCCGUCUCAUUGACCACUUGCGCAACUCUCCGACCUUCACGCUCGAUGCUCUCGACAUCCUGGUACUUGACGAGGCCGAUAGGAUGCUCUCGGAUGGUUUCGCAGACGAGCUCACGGAGAUCAUCAAUUCUUGUCCGACCUCACGGCAGACCAUGCUGUUCUCUGCCACGAUGACAGACUCCGUUGAUGAGCUGGUCAGGAUGUCGCUCAAUAAGCCUGUCCGUCUGUUCGUCGACCCGAAGCGCAGUACGGCGCGUGGCCUAGUGCAGGAAUUCGUCCGCGUACGUGCCGGUAAGGAAGCAGAACGAUCGGCGCUGCUUGCGGCUCUGUGCAAACGUACGUUCAAGUCCAAGACCAUCAUAUUUUUCCGGAGCAAGAAGCUUGCACAUCAGAUGCGUAUUGUGUUCGGUCUAUUGGAUCUCAAGUCCGAAGAAUUGCAUGGAGACCUCAGCCAAGAACAGCGUCUUAGAGCUUUGCAACAAUUCAGAGAUGGGGCUGUGGAAUAUUUGAUGGCUACCGACUUAGCCUCUCGAGGUCUUGACAUCAAGGGUAUCGAGACCAUCAUCAACUAUGACAUGCCAUCGCAACUGGCACAGUACCUUCACCGCGUUGGACGUACAGCCCGCGCAGGAAAGAAGGGGAGGUCGGUUUCUUUGGUCGGAGAGUCAGAUCGGAAGAUGCUGAAGGCGGCCAUCAAGCAUGCCGCGGCCGAAUACUCCGUCCGCCAUCGGCAGGUACCCGCCGAGGCCGUCUCCAAAUGGGCUACAAGGCUCGACGCUCUGAAGAAGGAAAUCUCGGAGAUCCUCCAGGAAGAGAAAGAGGAGAAGCAGCUUCGUCAAGCCGAAAUGGAACUCAAAAAGGGACAGAAUAUGAUCGAGCACGAAGAGGAGAUUUACUCAAGACCGGCUAGAACGUGGUUCCAGUCGGGAAAGGAAAAAGCGAAGGCGCAAGCGACGAGCAAGGAACAGUACGAGGUUGGUACUUCUGGUGCCUCGAAAAAGGGCAAGGAGAAGAAAACAGCUGAUGACAAGCCCAAGCGAGACAAGUUUGCAGGCCUCUCCCGACGUGUCAAGCGUCGAAAGAUGGCGAUGGAGGAAGACGAUGCCGGCGGUGAGAGCGGCGCUGUCCGUGCAGCGGUGCGCUCCGCCAAGAAGGCAGCUAAACCAGCGAAGAUUGGAGAACCCGAGCGGCGCCCGGCGAUCAGCAAGAAGAGGGAGAAAAACAAGGAGCGGAAAUUGAGGGGGAAAGCCGCCGCGCGCAUCGGUGGUGUCUUCGACAAGGACUUGGGUCAGAGAAGAGUGAAGGAGGGUGUCAGGGCAAAAAAGGGGGAUGUUAUCGGUGGGAUGGGGAAGAAGAAAGGUGGCAAGAGGAGGUCCAAGUAGAUGUCGGAUCAGUUCUUCGUUGUCCCUGCACGCGGUGACUAUCAUCCGUGCUUACUGGGGGGCAGACCGACUGCCUCCAGAACAAACGCUCGUCGGCGUCGAUGUGUCGCAGAAGCAUCUCUCGGUCUGCCGCCUCUAUCGUGACAUCCAGUUAACCGUGACAUUGGGUGACCGUUCGCGUGACGCGACGCGUCUUUGUGAACAGUGGCGCUGCCGCGUUCGUUCAACGCUGUCC